GCUCCUGCUCUUGCUCCUGCUCCUGCCAAACUCCAGCGAGCCCCGCCAACGCACCUGCUACCAGCCACUGCUCGAAAGAGUUGUUAUGCGCAACCGCCACAAUGUCCAAUCUCUUGACUCAGCGACAGGCUGAAGAACUCCACAAGUCACUGAUUGCCUACCUCACCGCCGCCGGCUUGACAAACACUGCUCAAUCUCUCCGCGACGAGCUCGACAUUGGCGACGCUUUCGACGAUGCUACGCGAAAGAAGUACGAGGGUCUCCUCGAAAAGAAGUGGACUAGUGUUGUCCGAUUGCAAAAGAAGAUAAUGGACCUGGAGUCGCGCAACACGACUCUGCAGACCGAGCUCGACACCGCCACCCCUACCUCCCUGUCGCGUCGCAAUCAGGAUCCGGCCACAUGGCUACCACGAUCUCCCGCGCGCCAUACUCUCCAAUCCCAUCGUCAACCCGUCACAUGCGUCGCCUUCCAUCCCGUCUUCUCGUCACUGGCUUCAGGAUCAGAGGAUGCCACCAUCAAGAUCUGGGAUUGGGAGCUUGGUGAGCUCGAAAGGACAAUAAAAGGUCACACCAAGGGUGUUCUCGACAUCGACUACGGCGGUCCGCGCGGAGGCACCCUUCUGGCCAGCUGUAGUUCCGACCUGACCAUCAAGCUGUGGGAUCCAAGCGACGAAUACAAAAACAUCCGCACUCUACCCGGUCAUGAUCAUAGUGUGUCGGCGGUACGCUUCAUACCUUCGGGUGCUGCUGGCGCGCCAACAAGUGGAAACCUUUUGGCCAGUGCUAGUAGAGACAAGACCAUUAGGAUCUGGGACGUCACCACCGGAUACUGCGUCAAGACUAUUCGUGGACACGCUGAUUGGGUCCGCGAUGUUGCACCAAGCUUCGACGGACGUUGGCUUCUCUCUGUCGGAAACGACCAGACUGCACGCCUGUGGGACACACAGUCGGGCGAUGCUAAGGUCACUUUUGUUGGUCACGAACACGUAAUCGAGUGUUGCACAUUUGCUCCAGCGGCUGCAUAUCCGCACCUUGCGUCCAUGGCAGGCCUCAAGAAGGCUCCGCCAGCCACCAGCUCCGCCGAAUUCGUUGCCACAGCUGGGCGCGACAAGCUCAUCAAGCUGUGGGAUGCUCGAGGCACAUUGAUCAAAACACUUGUUGGCCACGACAACUGGGUGAGAGCUUUGCUGUUCCACCCUGGAGGAAAGUACCUCCUCAGUUGCGCCGACGACAAAACGAUACGCUGCUGGGACUUGUCGCAAGAAGGCAAAUGUGUCAAGACCAUCGAAGAUGCCCACGGACACUUCGUUAGCAGUAUGCGGUGGGCACCAGGCCAGAUCAAAGAUGCUGUUGCUGCCAACGGUGAUGCCAACGGCUCGAAACCAGGCGACGAGGCAGCGAAGAUCAGCAUCCGUUGCGUUAUUGCUACAGGCAGCGUCGACCUCAAUGUUCGGGUCUUCGCAUCAUAGACUCCAUUCAAGUCUCCGUCAAGAACAGGUGUAUGGCGUUAUCAUUUGCGGGUGCUACAACAGAGGAGUUUCAAAGGUGGUGUUUCUUCUGUACAUGGCAUUUUUCCUUCUGGCUCUCACAGCAAUCAGCAUGGACAGGGCGUAUCUU